AUGCUCCACUAUAUCCUCCUAUGUUCAGUGCGUGAGGAGUAUUCCUCCAGCGCCAACAACCCCGGCAACAUCGACUCCUUCUAUGCGGUAAGACCUUUCGUCAGCGCAGAGAAGGAGAGUUUGGGCGUGAAUGCGCCAAUCCAAGCUGAGACAAGCCUUCUAUUUAGAAAGCUAGUUAGAGUCGCAAACCCAGCGCCAGAUCCACCAACCUGGACACCACGCUACGGAGUAGGUUUCUUCCAGCUGCAGUCUUGCGUGCUUGGUGGCGGCCCCCAAAUGAUUCCGCCAUCGACGAAGUGGCACCCUCGGCCCCGACCCGUUGCUGUGGUUGGUUCGUCGGAUGGCGCCGCCAUCUCCGACGCCAGCCAGGCGGAUACCGCGUUGAGCUCGAGGUAG